AUGGACCACUCGAUGCACAUGGAUCACGGCGAUAUGGACAUGGGUGGCCAAUGUAAUAUGAACAUGGUCUUCACAUGGUCCUACCAAAAUCUCUGCGUCAUCUUUCGCCAGUGGCGGAUCACUGGCCCGCUGUCAUUCAUUUUCUCCUUGAUCCUUAUUGUUCUCCUCACGGCUGGCUACGAAGGUGUCCGGCAAGUAACCCGCAAGUACGAGGCUUCACAUAAUCAACGUCUGAAUGCAUUCGUUGCGACAACUGCUACUUCUGGAGAUGAUGGGAUCCCCAACCCGACCACCGUCGGCGCCCCUGAGGCAAACUAUCCCGUUCGAGACGAGAGCUCACAACUACUUGUAGGAAGGGACAACAGGGCUGCGCUUGCACGUCAGGGGAAGAUCACACUAGCUGCAUUGUAUGCUAUUCAGGUCUUCUACAGCUUCUUCAUCAUGCUUCUUUUCAUGACAUACAAUGGCAUGGUCAUGCUUGCUGUGGCGGUGGGUGCUUUUGUUGGGUACUUGGCUUUUGCAGAUGGCACCCCAGCUACCAAGAGCGUUGCUUGCCAUUAA